UGCUACUCUAUUUAAUUCACAUAGCCAACACUUGUCGCAUUUGCACAUGUACGGUGACGACAUCGACGACUUUGGAUACGGCGGCUUCGGCGGAGGUGGAGGCUUUGGCUACGCUGCCAUGCGUCGCACACAGCGGCAGUUCCGCGAGUACUACCGCGCCUACCCGAUCAGCGAGCACCCUGACGGCAAGCUCGACGCGAACUACGGCGGCAAGAUCUUCAUGCCAGCGUCCGCAUUAGAUACGUUGAGUCGCUUAGAGGUCGUCUACCCGCUGCAGUUCCAACUCUACAAUGCGUCAGCGGAGAGUGGCGGGAAGCUAACGCAUUGCGGUGUCCUGGAAUUUACAGCAGAGGAAGGGCGCGUAUAUCUGCCCGAAUGGAUGAUGGAGACACUGAUGCUGAAUCGGGGGGCACUGGUGGAGGCCGCAAACGUAUCGCUGCAACUGGGUAAUUUCGUGAAGCUGCAGCCACAGUCAACUGACUUUCUGGAUAUCACCGACCACCGCGCGGUGCUGGAGAACGCGCUGCGCAAAUUCACCACAUUGACUGUUGGCGAUGUGUUUGCGAUUAGUUACAACCAGCGCAUUUACAAGAUCGCUGUGCUCGAGACCAAGCCAUCUACCGAGGGCAUUGCGAUUGUGGAGACCGAUCUGAGCGUUGAUUUCGCUGCGCCCGUUGGCUAUGUCGAGCCAUCGCGCCAGGACUUGUCGCAGUCGAGCCGUCCGGCCAGCAGCAUGGCCAGCGAUAUCCGGAGACGCGAAGAGAAGGUCAAGGAGGAAAUGCAAAAGUCGCGCUUCGCUACCGCGGAUUCCAUCAGGUCGUAUGCCUCGACGCCCGAUGGCCCCUGUGAAGUCACUGUGGACGAGGCUGCUCUGGUACCCCUGGACGUGCCCAUUGGCACACUGUUCUUUGGAUACGAUUUGGUGCCUCCGCCGGGUGCCGAGCUCGACCUGCCAAAGGACGAGAAGCCAAAGUUCUCUGGCGAGGGCAAUGUAUUGCGCGCGCGCCGUAAGCGCAAGUAAAUAGUUGUGUUUUUUUUGCUUCUUAUAAAUGCCUGGAACCUCCCAGUACACCCUCGAGUACUCUGGUAUGUGCCAUACGUAGCACACAUGGC